AUGUUUAUUCUAAGCAUCACUAAAACUGUCGAUUUCAGGGUGCUAAUUUUCGCGGAGAAGAAGGUGGACGUGGACAAUAUCUACGAGUACCUGCUGGUGAAGGGCGUCGAAGUGGCGUCGAUCCACGGAGGAAAGGACCAAAGCGACCGGCACGCGGGCAUCGAGGCGUUCCGAAAGAACGAGAAGGACGUGCUCGUCGCCACGGACGUCGCCUCCAAAGGACUCGAUUUCCAGGGCAUCGAACACGUCAUCAAUUUUGACAUGCCCGAGGACAUUGAGAAUUACGGUAGGCACCUUUUUUUUAAUGGAAAUAUUAGGACAAAGUUCGAUCGAAAAAUCAUUCGCCUGUUUUCAGUGCACCGCAUCGGUCGUACGGGCCGUUCUGGCCGCAAGGGUCUCGCCACGACAUUCAUCAACAAAAAGUCGGAGAUGUCGGUGCUGUCGGACCUGAAGCAGUUGCUCGUGGAGGCCGGACAGGAGCUGCCCGAGUUCCUCAAGAUGCUUGCGGGCGAAGAGGAGGGCAUCGCGCCCGCUGGCACCAACGCCGAGAAGGUAAGACAACUCCCGUUUUUUGUUUUGUUUCUGUAAAAUGUUCCAUCAAAGACAUGGUUUGCAGGGGUGUGCGUACUGUUCGGGACUCGGUCAUCGCAUCACGGACUGUCCGAAACUCGCCGGAAUCGGAAACAAAACGACGCAGGCACUGGCGAGGGGCGGCGGCGACGACGGAGGAUUCUGA